CUAAUUGUGUAUUACAUUCUUAAUAGAAGGGACUAGACUAAAAGUUUUCCUGCUUAUAAAGUUAGUACACUCUGUUAUGUCUUAUGAUUUCUACAGUUCUAUUGGAACACGCGAAGAAUCAAUCUGUUUUGUUGUUCUAUGUUUCCUCAAUUAUUUAAAGUUUGGAGAGAAGAGCCAGUGGUGGGGUCCAGACAUUUAUUGACAGAGGCUGCUGAUACUCUUGCUGUAAGACAAAAAAGAAGAAUCUAUGACAUCACUAAUGUUUUGGAAGGCAUAGAUUUAAUUGAGAAAAAGUCAAAAAACAGCAUCCAAUGGAAAGGUGUAGGUGCAGGCUGCAAUACAAAAGAAGUCAUAGACAGACUGAGGUAUCUUGAAGCAGAAAUUGAAGAUUUGGAAUUAAAAGAAAAAGAGCUGGAUCAGCAAAAAUUGUGGCUGCAGCAAAGCAUCAAAAAUGUUAUGGAUGACACCACGAACAACCAAUUUUCAUACGUCACUCAUGAAGACAUCUGUAAUUGCUUCAAUGGAGACACACUUCUAGCAAUUCAAGCACCCUGUGGUACUCAAUUAGAAGUACCUAUACCUGAAAUGGGACAAAAUGGACAAAAGAAAUACCAGAUCAGUCUAAAGAGUAGUUCAGGACCCAUCCAGGUGCUGCUUAUUAAUAAAGAAUCAAGUUCCUCCACACCUGUGGUAUUUCCAGUUCCUCCACCUGAUGACAUUGCACAGCCCCCAUCUCAACUUGCCACACCAGUGACUCCCCCCAAACCUACUGCAACUACUGAGAAUACAUCAGAGCAGCACAGCGUUAAUGAGGGGCAGCACUUACCACGUACUACAGAUACACCAUCAGACAACAGUGCACAGGAGAACACUACUCCAGAAACCCCUUAUUCAAAUCUUCCAGACUCCUUGCUAUAUACAACCCUUGCAACAGAUACAACACAGACUACUGUUAACUCAAAUGACUAUCAGGCCUUGCUACCCUUGGAUGUUAAUUGUAUUCUCAAGCCGAACUCAUUAGAUAUGGCAAAGAUGGACGAGCCCACAGGAACUAUUAGUAGUGAUAUCAUUGACGAACUGAUGUCUUCAGAUGUUUUUCCUCUCUUACGACUCUCUCCUACUCCUGGAGAUGACUACAACUUUAACCUGGAUGAUAGUGAAGGAGUCUGUGAUCUUUUUGAUGUGCAGAUACUAAAUUAUUAGAUUCUGCAGAAACCAGGCUGUCAUAUCUACCUCUAACUUUAUAACAUUCUAGACUUCUUCAUAAUCUAAGUAUUUUAAAUAAUGAAUGUAUAACCUCUUAGUUCACUGACUCUGGGAGUGUAUUUCCUUUUGCUUCCUUAACUACUUCACAAAACACCACAAAUUCCAUACCAGAAGAAAAGGGGCUUUUAUCAGAAUAUUCUCUGAUAUUCUUUCACAAGUUACAUUAAUGUAACUCAGAGUUCAGAUCCUAAACUACCCCACAAUUUUUCCUUUAGAAGGAAAGUGAAAAAUGUUUUGUAGCCUUCUGAUCAGUUACAACCUCCUCUCCCCACCCCACCUUCUCACUUAGUUUUCUUUCUGAAGCUUUACUGCCAAGCAGAUUUCUGUAUGUUUUGUAACCUUUCACUCCAAUUUUUUUAAAGCUUUCACUGCCAAAUUGUGAAGUGAAGGGCAUUAAAUGGGUUUUGUUAAAUUGUUUCAGUGAACCAAUUUUGUGAAGUGCCUUCUGUUUUAGCACUUUAAGUUUCUCACAUUUGACUUCUGACAUUCCACUUUCCUAAGUUAUAGGAAAGAUCUGUUUGUAGUUCAUAUUAAAAGAGUGCCAAUGCUUGUAUAUUAACAAGAUUUUUUAAUAAAACUGUACAAACAGAAUA